GGAAGAGAAUGGAUGGGAAGAACAGCCAUCUAGUCUGGAAUGAGUGUGGGAGCCUUUAUGAUAAUGCUUUUAUCCUAGCCAAAUUCAACAACAGGUUUCUUCUCUCUCGCUCUCUUUAGCCAGUCCUAUUUUGUAUUUUGUAUUGCAGUGGUUGCUAUGCUCUUCUCUGUGAACAGCCUGUUUAUUAACAGAGCUCCUCAUCCUCCAUCCAGAGCUGGAAAAUGACACAGUGCUGUGGGCAAGUGUUGCGUGCUGUUGUCUCUCAUGCAUCGAGCAAGAUGAUGAUCCUGAGUCAUUGCUGUUCCUUACAUGCCCUGAGCUUUCCAGCUGUCCUGAGGAAUCACAUUGUGCAAUCAAUUUAAGCACUGGUGGAGCAGGGUGCCAACUGAAAAUGUCGCAGAAUCCUGACAAGCUAAAUUCAAGUGAAGAAAAGUUGAGUGCUUUGGAGGAUGAUGAGGAGGAGAACUUGGACAACUCGGAUCAGUCUGUCCGAAAAAGAAUACGACAGAGUGCUCCAGGGUCUCACAGGGAUGACACACACAAGUCCAGUCCCUCUCGGCCUGUGUCCAUAGAAGAGCUCAUGGAGACAGCAAAGGGAGUCACCAACAUGGCACUGGCACAUGAAAUUGUGGUGAAUGGAGAUUUCCAGAUAAAACCAGUUGAAUUGCCAGAACACAGCUUAGAGAAGAAAGUCAGAGAUAUUGUGCAUCAAGCUUUCUGGGAUUGUCUGGAAGCUCAGCUGAAGGAAGAGCCCCCAACAUAUGAUCAUGCAAUUAAGUUAUUGGGAGAAAUUAAAGAGAGUCUUCUGUCUUUCUUGUUGCCUGGUCAUACUAGACUGAGAAGCCAGAUUACAGAAGUUCUUGACCUGGAUUUGAUAAAACAGGAGGCAGAGAAUGGGGCCCUUGACAUUUCUAAGUUGGUCAAAUUUGUUAUUGGAAUGAUGGGGACUCUCUGUGCUCCAGCUCGAGAUGAAGACAUUAAGAAACUGAAAGAUAUUAAUGAAAUAGUUCCUCUUUUCAGAGCAAUUUUCUCUGUAUUAGACCUAAUGAAAAUGGAUAUGGCAAACUUCGCUGUCAAUAGUAUUAGGCCAAAAUUAAUGCAGCAGUCUGCUGAAUAUGAAAGAAAGAAGUUUCAGGAGUUUCUUGAGAAACAGCCAAAUUCUUUAGACCUUGUCACAAAGUGGUUGCAAGAAGCAGCAGAUGAUCUUGCAAAGCUGGGACAUGAAAUGUCGCCUCCCCACUGUAGUGAUGGUGCCAGUGGCAGAGCUUCUGCCUUGUGCUUCACUGCUGUACAAAAUCAGGCCUAUCUGAAGCUUCUGAAGUGGGAUCACGUGAACAGGCCUUUUCCAGAAACGCUGCUCAUGGACCAGACACGCUUCCUGGAGAUGCAGCUGGAGCUGGAGCAGCUCCUGGUGGUGGGGACAGUGCUGCUGGUGACGUUCAGUGCAGCAGGCCCAGCUCUCAUCGACGUGCCCGGGUUCGCCGAGAGAAUCAAAACCAUCGUCAAGGUGCUGCUGACAGGAAUGCAUCUCCCCUCCUUUAACCUGAAGGAAUCCCUGGCCUCCGUGGGUGAGAAGGUGUGUGCUGAAGUGAACAGCUGCCUUUCCCAGCAUGGCUUUACCCCGUUCUCAGCUGAGAGAGAGGCUGUGCUGAAGGGGCAGAUCCAGGCAGUGGCCAGCCCAGAUAACUCCAUCUGCAAGCUCAUAGAUUCUCGAAUUCAGAAGUUUCUGAAGAAUUGUCUUGCAUCCAGUCUCCAGAAAUCAUUGCCUGCCAUUCCUGGAGGAUUAGGCCCUAUUCAGAGGGAGCUGGAGGAGAUUGCUACCAAGUACGUUCGUCUAGUCAUCUACAACAGAAUGGUCUUCAGCCCUUACUAUGAUGCAGUCCUUGGCAAAAUACUGACUAAGGAAGAAUCCCAAAUUGUAGGGAAAUCAGAAGAAUCAUAAAACCAGUCUGUGUGCUACCACUACAGUAUUGUCAGCUACUAAAUAAAACUUGUACCAAUAUUUGUCUAGGAAAACAGCUUUCCGUGUAAAUACUGAUUCCUUUAACCCACGGGUGCUGACUGGUGAGGGAAAUAGAGGAGAUGCCAAAAGGGCUCUGAGGUAAAAGAUGAGAGAUGCAUUUCUAAUAUAAUUAUGCAACCUGGGGAAGGGGAUAUCAUGGGAGUUUUGUGGCUGCAGUUUUUAGAUUUUUGAGCUGGUGAUAGGGCAAGUUUAAGAACCAAACUUUGUAUUUAAGUGACUCAUUUCAGGGCAUUUAACUCUUAAUUUACAGUGAACGUAAUUUAAUUUAUCCCAGAAGGGGUGAUUUGGUUUAUUUAAAACAUCUUACUUUAAGGAAUUAAUUAAGCUACAAUUCUAAAGAAGAGCUUUACCAGACAAAACACCAAGCCAAGCAGCACUUUACUGUAACAUUAUGGUGAGUAUGGUAGGCUUACUAGUUUUUUCUGUAUUUUACUGCAUUUUUAAUAGCAUUUUUUUGCUGUUUUCCUGCAGAUGUUACAAAACAUAUUUUUGUAGCAAAUUUUCUGGUUAUUGGGUAACUGUCCUCUGCUAUGUACAGUACUCCCAGAGGUGGCAAUCUUAUAGAUUGCAGCUGUAUUUAUAUCUUGUAAAGAUUUUGGAAAGGGCAGAGCUAAAAUGUUUUGAUAAAAGUGGCAUUUCUUACCUUUUUUUCUUUUUUUUUGCUAGUAAUUUACUCCUUUUUAAAGUAAAUUCUCAUUUGCUUAAGGUGGAUUUAAAGGGUGAAACUUUAGGUUGAAAAUUUUGGGCUUUUUUAAAAACUACAACAGGGGAUGGUUGCAUAUUCAAUCAUGUCUUCAAAAAUAUCAUGUGCAGAGCACUGUGGGCAGUAUAAGUGAUUUUAAUGUACCGUGAGAGGUGAAUGGUUUGAUGUUAGUUUGACUAUACAGGGAAUAUUUUAGUCGAUUUUUUUCACUUUCUAGGUGUGUUCUUGAAACUUAGAAUAUUUGUAGGUCUUGAAUUUAAUAAGCUACAUUUUGUAUAGAGGAGAAGAGCCCUGUGAUUUUACAUUGCAAUCUCAGGCUUAGCUGGGAGGUAAGUGAAAUUUUCCUCUGGUUGAGCACAACUGUGUAUUACAGUAAUCAAUAUUUGAUGGUUUUGUGAAAGCAAAGUUUGCAGUUGCUCACAGUAAGUGGCCCAAGUAUGAGGCUGUCCAAACCAGAACGUGCUGUCUUUAAAAAAACCAACAAGGUACAUGAAAUAAAUAAAUGAAGGGCCCUUGUAUUGCCAACAGGCAGGUUAAUUUGGGAGUCAACCAAAAAGAACUUGCAGAAGCACUUGAUUAUGAUCCUCUGUUGAUGCUUCCCUUUCCAGUUCCCUUUGAAUGUCCGUGUGGAUAAAGCUGCACCAAUUUUGUAUUUGGAGGGGGAUGGAAGAAACAAGACCUUUUUUUCUAUAUUAGCCUAUGCAACUUCAAACCAAAUCUUUUCUCAUUCCUUACAAAGCCCCUUCCCCAAGGGAGAAACUCAGCAAAACCCUUUGAGAGUUCAUCAGCUCAGACAAGUGACUUGGCCAAAUGAAUGUCUGUCUUGGAAUCCUUCUUUGAGAACUCAAAAAUGAGGUCGGUUAGCCAGAAAAAAAGGGUUCUGAGUAGGGUCUAUGUCAUUGUUUGGAUCAGCAGAGGAUUCUACAGAGGUCUUCAAGGCUGCUGCCUCAGCUUGCUGGGCUUUGCUGUUGGAGCAGGCCCUGCCUCAUCACAGCCUAAAGCUCUGCAGCAGCACCACCUCCCUCAGCCUGUGCUCAAUGAGCAACCAGAGCCAUGUCUGCUGGAAUUAGCACCAGGAUAGAGAACCAAGGCACAGCUCUUUCCAGAUUUCUUAAAUGAGAGCUGCACAAGUUAGAAAUUGCUGCUGUUGUUUUAUCCUUCAGUCCUGCCCGGGAGCUGCCUUUAGAGGCAGAGUUAGAUGAGGUACAGGACAAGCUUGAGAGUGUGGGGAGGAACAUCAUGGUGGGACAGGUACCUAGAAAAGCCCUUGAAAGGUGUGUGAGUGAUGGCAGGAUGCAGGGCACUGCUUUAGCAGAGGAUAAAACCCUGACUGAGGAGAUGGCUGCUCCCAGGGCUGGGAUUCAGGGCUCAGGGCCCACGACUGCCUGCUCCUGCCAUGGCAGCAGGGACUGUGCUGCCCCAGUGCUUGUACUGCUCACAGGGCCCACACAGGGAAUCCCAGCCUCUCCUCACAGGAUGGUCUGAGCCUAAGCCUUCGUGCAGCAGAAAGGUCCUAGAAUGAAGGAACAGAGUGCAGUACUCACCUGUGGCUCCACUCUCACAGAAGGAACAAAUGCUCCUGGCACAGGUGCCAGGGGCCUUUCAACAGGAAAGAUCUAAAGGAACUGCAGUAAAUUCCCACAAGUGCAAUGUAAUGAUUCUCCCAGGUUGUUCUUUUUAAUGAGAUUGUUUGACAACCAGUUUAUCUGCGUUCUCUCCAAAAGAAACAGGGAGCUGCAAGUGAGUGGCAAAGCAAGGACAUUCCAGGAUGGCUAAAGCCAGCCCCAUCUCCAUGGGCAGGUGCUGCUUUACCCUUGCCCUGGAGAGAGGAGCCCUGGCUGGGGCAGCUGUGCUGGGCUGGGAAUGGCUUUCAUUUGCCUCAGGCUCUGACUGUCCUGUAGUCCAAGGGGUUCUUAGGAUCUUAUCAGAGUCAAUCUUAUCACAGCCAGUUCCAAGUUAAAAGCUGAAGUAGGCAUAGAAACUGCUUGGAAAGCUCACAUAGUCUUUCUUUAGCUUGUUUGAAGAUAACAAGUGCAACGAUGUAGCUGAUUAUUAACAUUUAGCUUUGUACAUACUGUGGAAGAGCAGUGCAGGUAUCCAGGACAGGCUGUGUGAGCCAGGGCUCCUGGACUACCCACACUGAACUGAGUUAGUCUUAUGAUGCUCUUCUUCAAACAGUCCUGGAAUUGCAAGCCAAAGUGUGCUGUAUCCUCUAGAAAAUGGAAACCAAGCUCUAUUCUAAUAUGUACGCUCUGAUCAAUUUCCUGUGAUGGUAUAAUUAGCAUUGCUUUUGAAGUGGCUGAGUAAUAUUUAAGAAGUACCUUGUUGUGUUUGAAUAAAACCAGAAUGAGGCAUGA